AUUCGAAGAAAGUUCUUGAAAUCAAGCAGCAGAGAGCAAUUCAGCCUAUUGACAGUCAAUACAAAAAUGGAGGACAACACCAAUGACUCUCCUCCUGUAAAAGGUGUAGUAAUAAUCACACUUCCACCUCUUGAUAAUCCUUCUUUAGGCAAAACCAUUACUGCAUUUACACUCUCUGAUUCACCACCCCAACACCAACAACAACAACAAGAACCACCACAACAAAGUCAAUCUUCAGUUCCACAACAAGAUUCAAACACUGGUUUUUUUCAUGUUUCUUUACAAAGAUCGUUCCUUUUUCGCCCAAGAAUCGUUCUUGGAAUUCUGGGUAUUUCUAUAAUUGCUUUAUCAUUCUGGUCUUCACUUUCACAAGAGACCCUUUUUGAAUUAAGAGAUGUGGACCGUGAUGAUCAUAAUAGUUCCAACAGUUCUUUUAUUCUUCCUUUGUAUCCUAAGCGUGGUAGUAUUUGGAAUUCAAGGACAGAUGUUGAGUUCAAACUUGGGAGGUUUGUGGAUUUUAAACCUGAUAUUGUUAUGGAGCUGGUCAAUGAUCAAGAAAAGAUUGCUAAGUCUGUGUCUGCUGCUACUAAAUUAGACUCUUCUGCUAAUUUUCCUGUCAAGGGUAAUAUUCAUUCGGAUGGGUUGUACUACACAUAUAUGCUUGUCGGGAAUCCUCCUAAGCCUUAUUUUCUUGAUAUCGAUACGGGAAGUGACUUGAUGUGGAUCCAGUGUGAUGCUCCAUGCACUAGCUGUGCCAAGGGAGCCCACCCGUUGUACAAGCCCAGAAACGUCAAUAUGAUACCUCCAAAAAACCCCUAUUGUGUUGAGGUUCAAGAGAAUCUCAGGUCCAAGUAUUGUGAUAACUGCCAUCAAUGUGAUUAUGAGGUAGAAUACGCCGACCACAGUUCUUCUGUUGGGGUUCUUGCAAAGGAUACACUUCAAUUGGUGCUUGCAAAUGGGACAGGAACCAAGUCAGAUGUUGUUUUCGGCUGUGCAUAUGAUCAGCAAGGCACACUUCUCAACACACUAGCAAACACCGAUGGGAUCCUUGGACUUAGCAGAGCUCCAAUCAGUUUACCUUCUCAGCUAGCAAGCCAUGGGUUCAUCAACAAUGUUAUUGGACAUUGUCUUGCCGCUGAUACAAAUGGGGGCUACUUGUUCUUAGGCAAUGAUUUUGUCCCACAUUGGCGGAUGUCAUGGGUCCCUAUGCUGAAUGCCCCUUUUCCAAAUCUUUAUCAAGCAGGAUUGAUGAAAAUGAACUAUGGAAGCAAAGAACUCCAAUUAGGCAGCACGAGAGAUGGAAAAGGAACUGUAGUGUUUGACAGUGGCAGCACUUGCACAUAUUUCACAAAUCAAGCAUAUAAAGCUUUAAAUUCCAUGCUUGAAGAGAUUUCUAGUGAGGUUCUUGUCAAAGAUGCAUCAGACACGACAUUACCCAUUUGCUGGCGAGCUAAAUUUCCAGUAAGGUCUAUUACAGAGGUAAGGCAAUUCUUCAAACCACUAAACCUUCAAUUUGGAAGCAAGUGGCGUAUAGCGUCCACAAAGCUCUCGAUUCCUGCGGAGGGGUAUUUGACUAUUAGUGAAAAGGGUAAUGUGUGUUUAGGUAUACUUGACGGAAGCAACAUUCAUGAUGGUUCUGCUAUAUUACUUGGAGAUAUUUCACUACGUGGUCAAUUGUUCGUAUAUGACAAUGUUAACGAGAAGAUUGGAUGGAUAAGAUCAAAUUGUGAACGGCCACAGAAACUUUUGAGUCUUCCAUUUUUUUGACAGAGGACACCACUAUAACUCCAUUUCUACAGUGAUCGCAAACUGUUAUUCUUGCUGUUCGAUAUGUUUGGUGAUUGGAAGUUAUAACCUUUUAGCUAGGGGAAGAGACUGUAUAGAACGGUUCUGCUUUCUGAUGUAGCUAUGGUCCUAGUGUGUAUAUCUAAUUUUUUGUACCACACUUUGAAGCUUUACUUUUCUCCUUUUGAUGCAAUGGUAAUUAAAAUGUGAAUUCCUAGAAAAAAUUGAACGUUAAAUAGAAUAUAUGAGCAAUCGAAAUUUUUUA